AUGGACACUUGGAGCGGCAAUUUACGACUUGAUGAUAGCAAUGAGAUACGAGGCAACAAUCUACUGCUCAUCAACAACAACGAUGAAGAAGGCCAAGGACAAGAAUGGUGGCAGGGCGCUACCAUCGAAUCACCUUUGGGCAUCUUGGCUGCAGUGAACCUCGCUGAUGCGAGCAAAAUACCACAACCGCGGGUAACAGAGAUUCUCUUUUACGCUGCUAGAAAGCAUGUCCAACAAGACCUCCCCUCGCCAUCACACACUGAAGCUUCUUCUUCUUCUUCUUCUUCUUCAAGCCUCGAACUCGGACUCUAUGCUCUUCCUUUAUCAUCUGAUUUAUUACUUUUCAACGACACGGAUAUUACGCCACCCACCUCUCCAGUCCUGGGGACUUCAGAUCCAAACACAGCAAAUGGCCGCUUCAUCCCCCGCCCCUGGGACGAACCAACCCUCCGUCAAAAACGCAAGACCGCCCUCGACUCCACCUUCUCCGCCGCCUCUUCCCGCCAAAAACGACAUUCGGGCGCCUCAGUAGCCGCAGCCGCAGCUUUAANNAAAAGUCCUUCCCUGUUACCCUCCCUGCCACGUCUAAAGUCAGAAGCAAGCAGAGGCUCCGUACCCCUCCACACACGCCCAAAAAGCCGAAGUCCCAGUAUAGCAAGCCUGCGUCGCGAUCCCACUAUCCCAGAGACAAAGCGAGUAGCGUCAGGGUUAUCGCGAGCAACGCCCGCACCUGCCACACCAUCUUCAGAGCAAGAAGUCCUGCAACAAAAAAACAAAGAUAUGGUAUCCAAAGUCGUGUUAGCCGGCUUACGUGUCUGGGGCUUCAGUGCUUCGAAAAGANAAAAACGUGUGUCUACUUCGACCUCUGCGGCGGAGCAUGUGGAUCCAGAGGAAGAGGCUAGAGAUGAAGAGUACAAGUUGCUCUACCAUCACGUUUACAAAGCCGCUUGUUUUGCUUUUAGAGCUUGGAUUGGAAAGGAAGAUUUGAGUGGCAAGGAGUUUGCGGAUAGGGUGAGGGAUACCGUGGAUUCGCUGUUGGGGAUCUUGUGUAAGGAUCCUAUGGAGCAGUCGGGAGGCGAUGAGAUGGAUCUAGGCGAGGGGUUCAAGGGUGCCGUUGUGAGGACACCCAAGGGAGAAUUAGGGNAGGAUGAGAGGGGCCCGAGAUGA